GCCAAUCGUUGCAACCCACACCACGAAGAAGUCGCGCGGCGCCGAUGGGAAAGACGUCCAAGGACAAGCGAGACAUUUACUACCGCAAGGCCAAAGAGCAAGGAUAUCGCGCGCGAUCAGCCUUCAAACUCAUCCAGCUCGACGAAACCUUUCACCUCUUGGACGGUGCCACGCGCGUGGUCGAUCUAUGCGCUGCUCCAGGAGGAUGGACUCAGGUGAUUGUCGACCGAUUGCGUCCUUCGGAGAACCCAAAUGUCCAGAUUGUCGCGGUAGACCUCAUGGAAAUGGCACCGCUAGACCAUGCGAUUCAAAUACAAGGCGACAUCACAGCACAGUCCACGGCCGACGCCAUCAUCCGUCACUUCCAUGGAGGCAAGGCGCACUUGGUCGUUAGUGACGGCGCACCGGAUGUACUGGGCCUGCACGACCUCGACGAAUACCUGCAAGCACAAUUGGUGCUUGCUGCAUUGAACAUUAGUCUGCACAUUCUUGAGGAAGGCGGGACGUUCGUCGCCAAGCUGUUUCGAGGCAAGGAAGUGUCCCGGUUGUAUGCACACCUGGGUCGAUAUUUUCGCAACAUUGUGUGUGCCAAGCCCAAGGCAAGUCGAAACUCGAGCUUCGAGAGUUUCGUUGUCUGCCAAGGCCUCCACUUGUCGCACGCUCUGCCAACGUCCAUGGCUCUGAACCUGUUUGACCUGCCCUAUGACAACGAGACCGACCGUCUCGUCGGGUCAACUCCCGUCCUCUUCCAGUCCUGUGGCGAUGUCGAUGGAUGGGACGCCGACCAGUCGUACCCCAUCGACGAACAUGGCGCAUACACGCACCAGGAGCCGCUGCAGAAGCCCAUCAACCCGCCCUACGCCCUCGCAAAGACCACCACCACAACCAAAUGAUACAGAAGGUCUUGAAUUAGUAUAAGUCACACUAAAUACAGACAGUAUAAAUUAGUGUGAUCCGGUCGUACUUGGCUGUGACGUUGUUAGUGGCCAUUCCUUUCGCGCUUGG